UGCCAGAGCAAGCGAACGGUCUAUAUAAACGGGUGAUGCAACGUUACAGCGGCAACUGUAACUUUCUUAGUCAACGGAAGAGAUUCACAACAAGUCUGUGUCCAAUAAAGGGUUUUCAACAGAUUCACUUAAAUCAUUUAUCUGUAGGUUCAUAAUGAUGCUUCAGCACCCUGGUCCGAGUCUGUCCGACAUCAGCACGUCCGCCCUAGUCCCCUGCCUCUCGCCGCCGGGAACACUUACCCUAGACGAUUUCACCAGCUUUACGCCGCUGGUGAAGGAGGAGCUCCGCUUCGCCAUCCAGACCAAGCGGCUAUCCCACGGUCUCAGCGUGGACAUGAGCGACUGUGCGAGCUCAAGCUCGGACCGACCAUCCGAGGUCUCUAGUGGCAGGAGAGAGGUAACCCCAGAAGAGAGUGACAGGAGGAAAAGACGACGAGAGAGAAACAAAGUCGCUGCUGCCAAGUGUAGGAACAAGAAGAAGGAGAAGACAGACGGUCUCCAGAAGGAGUCGGAAAAGCUGGAGACAGUGAACGCAGAGUUGAAGGCUCAGAUAGAGGAGCUCAAGCAACAGAAGCAGCAGCUGGUGUACAUGCUCAACCUCCACCGGCCCACCUGUAUCGUCCGCGCCCAGAACGGCCAGACCCCAGAGGACGAGAGGAAUCUCUUCAUCCAGCACAUCAAGGAGAGCGCACUCCAGGGGCUGGGCGUCGCCCCCGCCAACCACCUUGACGGACAGUUCCUACUCCACAGCGGGCACGCCCACGGCAUGGUACCCACCACCUGUGGGCACCUGUGAUCUAUGAGGCCUGGGCUGGGCAAACUGACAGAACUGUGGGUCCUACACCCAGGAUGUGACCCUUCAGCCAGCUGGUCUGGGAUCAAGUCCCGACCUGGAACGAUAGUGAGAAGGCCAAAACUGAAGCCAGACCAGCCUCUAAGAAGGAAAUGUACACUGUACCCUGUACACCCUCAGAGGGAAUGCUGCUACUGUGAGGAGACAGCCAAAGACUCAACACUUCCUGAUCAGGGUGGGGUCUGCUAGCAGGAACAAGAAGUACUUUUCGAGGACAUGCCCAACGGCAUAUACCCAGAAAACGCCAGGGAUUCAUAGACAGAAAGCACUAAAACAGGGAAAUGUUUGCUUUUAUUGUUCUGUUUUUCCUAAAUCUUAAAGUGGUUCUUAGAGAUAGGAGACUUAAGUAUAUUUGUUUUUGUUUUUUUGUACCAAAGCACCAAAUUGAGUUGUAAAAGACACGAUUUAACUGAACACUUGAGCUUGUUAACAUGACAAACUUGUCUGGUAUAUCUUGUUAUAGCAUAAUGAACAUAAGUUAAAAAGCUCUAGUUUGUGUGAGGCAUGUGUAUAAAUUGUUAUAGAGCCAAAAAGGUUCUUGCUAGUGUUCUUGUCUAUAAAAGUAUGACUUUGCAUCUGUCCAGUUUGAGCUACGAUGCCUGUAGCUCAGUGCUGUCUGUCUCUCUCUCUGCCCUGACUCAAUGAUAACCCUGAAUGCGCUGCUACUUUCUCAGGAUGCUCAGAAAUAGAUCACAAGGGCAGAGAUAUGCAUAUUCAACAUACUUUAGCUUAUAGAAUUCUCUCCUAAGAAGUCGUGCUUGUGUUUGCUAUGUAGUUUUACAUCUGAACUGUAGUGUAUAAUAUACAGUAGUUAGUCAUUUGUAUUGUGCAUAAAAUUCUGUUUGUGUAAACCAACGAACACCUCUCACGGUCCUCAUAAGACUGUUUAUAACGUCUGUAUGUAUUUAUUUAUCAGAGCUGGCUUUAUUACUAUAAACCCACCAGAAGGUAUCACUAGCUAGAUAUCAAAGUGUUGACUUUGUGCUGACGUCUGAUGUUGUAUUUCAAUUCUUUAAUUACAUGAAUUGCAUGUCAUUGUACAAGAUGACCUCACCUAACCUCACACUCCCCCACCCCCACCCGCCGCUGCCAAACACCCCCAAAGUAGAGCAACUAGAAGCUGUGAUGAAACUCUUGAGAAACUCCUCGCAUUCCAUCAGGCAUGGGUGACAGUCAGCAGACUGGUUGCUCAAGCCGGGGCAACGUGCUCGGAUGUUUGUGGACAAAAUCCUCCCAGGGAAGGUUUCAUACAGGUUAGCAUGGCCAGGGACCAGCUUGCUUGCAAUACAGUGUUUCAGUCACGAGUGAUAACAGUUGUCAUGACGGUUGUGCCAUUGACUUUUAGAUUACUUUGUUUGUUAGACUGUUGGAGUUCUAUUGAAAGAAAUUGCGCAAAGCUGCAACCGAGUACUUAUUUCUAAAAUGCCUGUCCACUUUUGUUUUUGAUACUUUAUUAAUAAAAAUAUAUGAUUCAAUGUU